AUGGAGACAGAAUAUUACUCUAUCUUAUGCUAUGAUGGCGUCGAACGAACAUUCAAGUGUCAUUCCACUCAGACACAUGAAGAGGAUAUGUAUAUACCUUUUGAAGUUGACUCAGAUAUAGUUGCUGUUACAAGUGAAGGAACUGAAGAUAUAGAUAUUCUGGGUGACGAAUACACAGAAAAUCGAGAAGAGAACGAAAUUAUGGAUUUUGAUAAUAUGAGAAAAUCUGUAUCAUUUCGCAAAACUCCGAUCGAACUCAUUGCUCCGGCUAAAUAUGUGGACGAUGAAUAUGGAGUGGAAAGUGCACCAGAGUCGUCUUCUGAUAAGGAAGAAUAUCCUACUAAGGAAGAAUACACAAAUCGUGAAUGGAUAAAUAAACCAAUAUCUAAUUGGAUUAAUUAUGCUUAUGUUAAUAUUCCUAAUAGUUUGGAUAAAGUUGAUAAUUUCAAAAGUGUAAAAAAUGAACAAAAUGUAAACAAUAAUUUUAAUUUUCCUUAUAUAUUACAAGUUGUAAAAGAUAUAUGUUGUAGAAAUAAUCAAGAACAGUUGAAACUAUCUUCAUUGGCUCAAACAUACGCUAAACGAAUUGCGAUAGCAGAUGGUAGUAAAAAUUGUAAAUUUUGUGGCCGAAUUCUGUCGUCUACAUUGACAAAACCAUUUCAUUUAUCAAAUGAAGGAUAUUGUUGCGAUCGAUAUCAUCGUCUUUUUCGUUUGGCAGUUAGUUAUUCUGAAAUGUUAUACAAACGUUAUCGUCAGCAACGACGUGAUCAUAAUAAACAGAAAUUAAAUAAUCUGACAGAAGAUGCAUCAGAGAAUCAAGUCAAUGAAUCUGGCACAAAAAUUUCAGGAUCAGAAACAGAGUUAUUAACUAUUACUUGUACUUUUUUAAAAAUCACUCUUCUUUUUAUAUACACUGACAAACCUGUGAGUGAAACGUUAAAGGAAACAAUACAAAAUCAAGACCAAAAAUAUAUAGACAUGAAGAAUCAGCAAGAAACUUCAGAGUCAUUAGCUGAUACUACUGGAAAUACAAAUAACGACGAUAAUGAAGAGACCGAAUAUACAACUGAUAGAAUCGUUUAUCAAUUAUCAAAUCGUAAGUAUAUUGAACAAGGAUGGACUGCAGUGAAUCAUGUACAACAUAGUGACAGUGAUAAUAAUAAUGACGAAUUGUUAUUAGUUAAUGAAGGCAAAUCAAUGCAUAUCAACUCAGAUGAAGUAAAACAUGAGUCGAAUGAAAUACAACUUGAUUUUAUACAACAUACAUAUUCAAAUGGUGAAGUAUUUUUACGAAAAUAUAACGACAAUACAGGAGUCAUAUUUUAUCCAACUGGUAAUCCAGCAAUCUUGUUUCUACCUAGCGAAAUGAACACUAAUAAUAAUGAGCCAGUUGGUCUACUAUUCAUUGUACAUGAUCUACUACAUCUGAAUAUGACAAAAGUUCGAAAAGAAGAUACAAAAAUAAAUCAUAAACAAAAGUCUAAUUCUUUUAAAGUGUUAAAUAAUAAUACCAGUAAAAUGAAUAAAUUGAUCAAUGUCGAUGUACAAUCAACUGUUGGCCAAUUAAUCGGUGUGUUCGAUAGCAAUAUUCAUGGGGUAGUUUAUGACAAGGAAAACAAUAUACGAUUACAGUAUAAUCAUAAUGAAGGUGUCUAUUUCAAGCAACUUUUGGAUAGAUACACAAGGAUAUGGAAAUGGUCUGGAGAAAAACAUGUGCAUGCACCACCUUUUCAACCAAUGUCAAUAAAAUUAAAUGAUAUUAUAACAUUGAAAAUUUAUCGAUUUAAUAAAAUCCAUCUACACUUCCAAACAAUGAAAAUUAAUUGCAAAUUAGAUCUCACAAGUAAACAGUUGAAAUUACAAUGGAUAAACACAGAACAGUAUAAGGAACCAAAAUAA